GUUGACUACUCUUAGUUAUGGUAAUUGAAAAGGAUGUUAUUGUCUGAAUCAGUGUUUUUUGUUAUCAACAGCAAACUUUUUGAAGAAAAUCGCUGGAAUGGAUAUGGCCAUUUCCUAUGAUACACUUAAGGAAAUCGCAUUGAGAGAGCCAUGUUCACUAGAUUUUGUCACGGAAUUGAAAUCUUUGUUUCGCAACGAUAUUAUUUCUCCACGUCGCUACGAAUGUAUUCGUACCGUGUGUGAUUUAAUUGAUUGUCUUGAACGUAAAGAUGUAAUUUCCGAGAGAAAUGUUGAACCGCUGUGUCUCCUAGGUAACAAGUAUCUGGAUGAGGCUGUAUCGAACUACUUACCUCCUACCAAUGCAAAUAAAGGCGUUAAUCAAUACCACGACAUGCAUUUGACAAACGAAUUUGCCCAUAAACUUUCUAUUAAUGGUCAACAUAGAAAUAUUUGCCAAGAUGAUAGCAAGCACACUUCGUCAAUUAGAACACCAUUGAACACAUGCUCUGGAAAUAAUAACCAAAACUUCUAUCCAUAUACCCUAACAGAACAAAAGCGUGCAGCAAUUUAUAAGAUGAUUUCCGAACAUUUGGGUUCUCAUUGGCGAAUGUUCGGGCGUGAACUAGGAAUUCGUGAAGGUACUAUGGAUGAGAUUGAGCUACAGUAUCCACGUGAACUGAAUACUCGUAUAUAUAAAGUAUUAAAAAUAUUCGAAGAAGACAAUUGCAACGAUCCAAAAAUGCAUUUGCGUAUGAUAAAAGAUGCCUUGGAAAAUUCUCGUCGUAAAGAUUUGCGUCGUAAGAUAGAUGAUAUUAUAGCGUAUUGAAAAUUGUUCACAUUCUAAUGUUUUAACAUUUAAAAGUUUACGCGGAAAAUGAUCUUCGCCUUACUAUAUUUUAUAAAGCCAGUAAAAUUUGCACCAAGGGAGCGUAGUUAUUCAACAAUAAAACUUAAUAAAGGAAUAUGAAUGAAAUGCUAUAAAAAAACUAAGCAAAUGUAAUUUUUUGAAGUUUAACUGAAUUAAAUCAACGAUUCAAAUAAUAGUAAAAAUAUACGUUUAACGAAAAUAUGGAGGCACCCAAGACACCGAACAAUGAAAAGUUAGACAACACCUUCAUUGGGAUAUCAGGCUUCAAGUUGAUACUUCUGGGACAACCUAGAUUUGAGCCGUAGUGAAAUCGUUGUCAAAGCCGACAGAAUGCGAUGACUGAGUGGAAAUUUUAUUGUCCUGUCAAGUCUCGUCGGACCAGAAGAGGUGCCCGAGCUACUUUAGCCGACAUUUCAUACUGCACUGUCCCAAAAUAAAGCGAGAAGUAUCCCGCCGUCUGCGCAAACUGCCAAACAUCAACAUUGGACCCGACGGAAUAAACUAAAACAGCUGGAGCAGACUAUCUCACUAGAAUCUUAAUUUGUUUUAAGCUCCAAUAAUACUCAACGUGCGUAAAAUGGGUAGGGACGUCCACUACUAAAACCUGUGAAUCUAGCCAACAAGAAUCUGUCAAAAGCUUUUGGCACCGUAGAGUAUUCUGGGCUACUAUUGUACAUUGAGGACACCUCAUUAUCGUCGAAUCGCUACUAAAACAACAACAACAGUCGACCUUGAAGAGGUGGCCCAUGUGCUUCCUGAAUGAUCGAAAAUUAACGGUAGUUUAGAGGUCAAAUAUCGAUAGUUUUGUGAUUGAACAAGGGGUUGCUCAAGAUGGUUUUCUCCGCCGCUGCUACUUAAUGUCUACAUCUUGGAUUUUAUUGAUUUCAUAUGGCGAUGAUUGCGUCUUUCAAGUAUAUUGGUGACUUAUGUUCGAAACUGAACUUCUGAGCUGGUAGCAAAGCCAAAUGAAGGAACUUUGAAUAGCUGAUUGUUUAGAAGCUUAACUAUCACUUAGGCCCGUUUUCAUAUUAUCCCAUUAACUUAACAGGAAGACAGCUAACCGCAAGAUAAGCUGCUGUGACACUUUCGUUUUCACCAAGUUCUACAUACCUUCUGGUUAGUUUGAUCGUUGUGAAUAUAAUAAAAAUAAAAGAUAAGUUCACAAAAAAA